CAGGUAUAAAAAUGAUCCCGUCACUUUCACCGGUGUUCAGUUCGCCAUCGAUCGCGAGCAUAAGAAGUGCACCUACGAGGAGCGAAAUAAUGGUUCACCACCAAUAUCCAGCGUACCGAGUCGCUUGGUUUACAUCGAUACUUGCGCUCCUGUUGGCGGCCUGUUCUGCUCAACCGCCGCAAGCACUUAACUAUCCGAAUGUGCAAUCCUUCGGUGCGUUUGCUGGUACAAUCUGCUAUUCUAACUCCCUGACGUUAAAGUCCAUUGUUCCGGUGACGACACGAUCCUUCACCUUCUCUCCAGGGACCGCCCUUACGUACGUCGUCUGCUACAACAACGUUGCAUUGCAUCCCUUCGAAGCCACGCUAGUGGGCGGUGGAAUAGGUACAACAAUGCAGACCUCCAUCGCAUUGACAUCGUACACGGGAAAGCUCAUCGUGAAUUGUGAUGCGUACUGCACCUAAGUUGCUUUGAAAAUGUGUUGAAAAUCGAAAGAAAGAACGAGCUGUGCCAGUCAAAUCAUGACGUGGAAUCCAGUAGUAGCCCCGUGGUUAAGGGAAAAGAAUCAAUGAUAACUGAACUCGUAUAUCCCUUAUAAGAUGAUUAGGAAAUAAGCAUCACACUUGGUUAAGAUAUUCUAAAUAAAGCAGUUGUUAAUGAAGAA